CUUCAAACCUAGCCAUGGCUUUCUUUUCCCUUCCUUCAUCAACUCACCCCAUCUAUCCUACCCAAAUCUGCUCUUCCUCCUUUAAACCCUUUAACUCAUCUUCUCACGCAUUUCCACCAACUCGUGUAAAAAACUACAAUCCCCAUGCGAAAGCUAGUACAUGCAAAGCCCAAAAUGCAGAACAUCGUCAGACCCCUAGUACUGAUGAUAGUAUUAGUUCAUCCAAAUCCAAAAGUGGUAAAACUUCGGCAGGGAAAUUUGAAAGAAGGGAUGUCCUUAUUGGCCUCGGUGGGCUAUAUGGUGCAACCACACUAUCAAGGCCAGUUUCACCUGAUGUUUCCAACUGUACCGAAGGCAGGAUGAAUCCAAGUGGCAUACCUAUCUACUGUUGCCCUCCCUCCGCCGCGGGUUACAGUGAUUAUACACCUUCUGCUAGCGAAGUCUACACAAGAAUGCCGGCUCACACGGCAAACAUCCAUUGCGUGUAUUGUGAUCAAGGGUACGCUCAAUCAGGCUUUCCAGACAAAAAGUUGGACAUUCAUGAAUCAUGGCUAUUUUUUCCGUGGCACAGAUGGUUCCUUUAUUUCUUUGAAAGAAUUUGUAAAAACUUGCUCGAUGAUGAUACGUUUACUUUGCCAUUUUGGCAAUGGGACGAUCCUUCAGGCAUGCAAAUUCCACCCAUGUAUAACGACAGCAAAUUAUCCCUAUACGAUUUCUUCCGCAACCCAAAACACUUCCCUCCUCAAGUGCUGGAUUUAGCUUACGACGGCACCGGUUUGCCCAUCGACCCCAAUACUCAACUGCAGUACAAUUGUUGCACAAUGUACACUCAAAUGAUCACUCACUCGUCCACGCCUCUGCUUUUCUUCGGACAGCCACUGUUGGGGGGUGAUGAUCCCGAUCCAGGAGCUGGUUCCGUAGAGACUCUACCCCACAAUUCUGUGCACCUUUGGGUUGGCGACCCUUCCCAGCCUCUCCGCGAGGACAUGGGCUCCUUAUAUUCAGCCGGCCGAGACCCCAUAUUCUGGGCUCACCAUGGCAACAUUGAUAGAAUGUGGUACAUUUAUAACAAUGUUUUGAAACGCAAAAAUAUUGAAGACCCGGAUUGGUUAAAUUCCUCUUUUAUUUUCUUCAAUGAGGCGGCGAGACCCGUUAGAGUGAUGGUUAAGGACUCCACAAAUCUCGCCAAGCUUGGUUAUACCUAUCCUGACUUGCCACUUUCUUGGUUAAAAUGUAAGCCGAAAGCGCGUAGAAGGGGCCUGAUCCUGACAAAGUUGUCCGUGAAUGCACCUAAGGCUAAUGAAGUGCUGCCAAUGAAAUUAGAGAAACCCAUCAGCUUCAUGGUUGAGCGGCCUAAGAAGUCUAGGAGUGGACAAGAGAAAGCAGAGGCAGAAGAGGUGCUGAAGAUUAAGGGAAUCGAAUUUGAUAAAGGAGAAACUUCGGUGUUCGAUGUGUUUGUGAACGAAGAUGAUACGAGUCAGAGUAAUCCGUGCAAGGCUGAGUCUCUAGGAAGCUUCAGCAGCUUGGGGCAUGGACAUAGCAUGAAAUCUACCACUUCCCAGAUUUUUACGAUUUCAGAGGUGCUGGAGGAAUUGGGAGCUGAUGAUUUUGACAGCAUUUUGGUCACUUUGGUCCCCAGAAUAGGGGAUGUGACAAUAGGUGGUAUCGAAAUUACCUUUGUUCCUAAACCAUAGCUUUAAAAGAUCCCAUGUCAUAUUUGCAGAAAGAAAAAACAAAAUGUAGGACCGUAGCCUGGAAAAUUGAUGUUGAAAUCUCAAAGGCCCACAUGUGGUGGCUGAAUUAUUGACUUUUUUGGUGGAAUCGUACCACGUUUUUCUUCGUAGUUAGACCCACAGUUAAUUCAAUCUUGAUUGUAAGGUUUGUACCAUGUCCACUCGAUGCAAUUUAAUUUGUGGUAAAAAAACAGUUUCCUUUCUUAUCCAUA